AUGCUUGAGGUCAAGAUAGCGUUUGUUGGAGGGUCUGAUUCAGGAAAGUCUUCCCUUGUCAAAUUUUUAAAGAUCUGUAACUAUGAAGUAGAAAAUUAAGCAGAUAAAUAUUCUGAAACAUGGGGUAUUAGUGUGAACUAUUUGGAAUGGGAGCAUCACAAUCCAAAUCUACCCUUAAAGAAUUAUACAAUAAGAUUUGGACUUUGGGAAAGUGGUGGCUCAUUUUUGAAAAAGUUUCCUUUUUACAACCAAUAUUUGCUCAAGAAUGCUAAUUUGAUAGUAUAUAUGGUUUCACUAGCUUCAGAUGAGAAUCUCUUGGAACGAUUACAGAAUUUAGUGACUUAGACUAGAGAACAAUGGAACAAACUGAAAAGCUAAGAAAAUAUUGAUAAGAUGAGAGAAGUAGUGCUAUUAACAAAAGCAGAUUUAGGCUAUAUUUAUGCUUAGCAAUAGAUUUAAGAAAUUUAGGGAUAUUGCACUUAGCAAGGAAUAGAAAAAUGCCAAAUACUUUCUAUACCGUAUAAUGAAAGGCCUGAUAAAAGAGAUACUAUUGUUGAUGAUGAAAUGUUUGAUAAAGAAGGAGAUUUAGUUAAUCCUCCAUUAGCAAGACACACUCUUUCUAGUUAGUUUUUAGAUAGUAUAAGUGAAAUAUGUUUAAAGUAUUGA